GCUCUGUGUGGACGUGGUUGAUGAUUAACUGAAGGAGGAAAUGAAAGGAGAAAUCAAUGCUAAAGGAUUCAGCAGAUCUCCGAAUGUUUGAGUAGAAAUUCUGAUAGUUUAGUGUUUGAUUCACAAAAGAUGGAUAAAAGUAGACAAGAGGUUUCUUUUAAAGAACAGAGAGGCUUUCAGGUGAAUAAUUGCAGAGAGGAGAGAAGGACGAGAAAAACAUUCAGAGACACCAGAAACCGACAUUGAAGAUGAACAAUAUGGAAGAAGACGGGACUCACAGCUGUCUCCUCAAGAAGAUGGACCAGAUCAAAGAUGAAGCUGAACUUGGGUCCUCACACACAAAAGAUCAGCUGCUCCCACAGAGACUCCAGUCUUCAGCAUCUAGCUGUGUGUCCAUGAAGAGCGACUGGUCCAAAGAACUGAAUCCUCCAGACUUCAGAGCAGAACCUGGACCCUCAGUCUCAAAAGAUCAGCUGCUCCCACAGAGACUCCAGUCUUCAGCAUCCAGCUGUGUGUCCAUGAAGAGCGACUGGUCCAAAGAACUGAAUCCUCCAGACUUCAGAGCAGAAUCUAGACCCUCAGACUCAAAAGAUCAGCUGCUCACACAGAGACUCCAGUCUUCAGCAUCCAGUUGUGUGUCCAUGAAGAGCGACUGGUCCAAAGAACUGAAUCCUCCAGACUUCAGAGCAGAACCUGGACCCUCAGACUCAAAAGAUCAGCUGCUCACACAGAGACUGCAGUCUUCAGUAUGCAGCUGUGUGUCCAUGAAGAGUGACUGGUCCAAAGAACUGAAUCCUCCAGACUUUGGUGCUGAACUGUCAGACACAAAACAGAGGGACAGGAGGUGUGUUUGCGCAAAGGAGCAGUCGUCCAGUUGUGCGGAAAGGUCCAACAGCAGACCAUCACUGGAUACAGAUGGUGAGAGCAGAGGUGACCAACCACAUGUUGGUCUGCAACAGCUUUUAGAUGAACAUCAGAUCAGUCUGAGAAGCAGAUGUGAACAUGUGACACAAGGAAGUGAAGAAGCAGGAAGUGGAGUGCUCCUCAAUAGAAUUUAUACAGAGCUGUACAUCACAGAGGGAAGGAGUGAGGAUGUUGACACCCAACAUGAGGUCAUGCAGCUGGACACACCAUCCAAGAACGAAGGGGUUCUUGAUGUUCCUAUUGGGUAUAAUGAUAUCUUUAAAGCCUCUCUUAACCAGCCUGAAUCCAUCAGAGUGGUUCUGACAAGUGGUGUUGCCGGAGCUGGAAAAAGUCUUACAGUGCAAAAGUUCUGCUUGGACUGGGCCAAAGGCUUGGAGAACCAAGAACUCAGUGCUGUGAUUCCCCUUUCAUUCAGGGAGCUGAAUUUGAUCAGAGAUCAGCAGCACAGUCUUCUCACAUUGAUCCAGCUUUUCCAUCCGGAGCUCAAAAAGAUCAAAGCAGAGCAGCUGUCUGUCUGUAAACUUCUCUUCAUCUUUGAUGGUCUGGAUGAAAGCAGACUCUCUCUAGAUUUCAAGAACCCUCUCUUGAUAUCUGAUGUUGUGGAAAGUUCCUCAGUUGGUGGGCUGCUGACAAACCUCAUCCAAGGGCAUCUGCUUCCCUCAGCACUUAUCUGGAUAACUUCAAGACCUGCAGCAGCCAGUCAGAUCCCUUUGGCAUGUGUUGACAGGGUGACCGAAGUACGAGGCUUCACUGACGCUCAGAGGGAAGAAUUCUUCUGGAAAAGGUUCAGUGAUGAAGAGCUGUCUACCAGAAUCAUCUCUCACAUCAAGAGCUCCAGGAGUCUCUACGUGAUGUGUCAAAUCCCAGUGUUCUGCUGGAUCAUUGCUGUGGUUCUGGAAGACAUGUUGACCACAGAGCAGAGCGGAGAGCUUCCCACCACCCUGACUGAUAUGUACUCAUACUUUCUGCUAGUCCAGACAAAGAGGAAUAAGAACAAGUACCACCAGAAACAUGAGAGCUCACAGGAGCUGUCAGAGGCCGACAGAGAAGUUCUUCUGAAACUGGGAAGGCUGGCCUUUGAACAUCUGGACAAAGGAAACAUCAUGUUCUACCAAGAAGACCUGGAACAGUGCAAUCUUGAUGUCACAGAGGCCUCAGUGCACUCAGGAGUUUGUACUGAGAUCUUUAAAAUAGAUUGUGAGAUCUUCCAGAAACCGGUCUAUUGCUUUGUUCAUCUGAGCAUUCAGGAGUUUCUGGCUGCUGUCUACAUGUUCCACUGUUUCACCAGCAAGAACUCUGAGGUGAUGCAAGACUUCCUGAAGAGUCAAAUGAGUUCUCUGGAGGAGUUUUUGUGGAGAGUCAUUGAAAUAUCCCUGCAGAGUAAUAUUGGACAUCUGGACUUGUUUGCUCGCUUCCUUCAUGGCCUCUCUGUGGAGUCCAACUCCAAACUGUUGGGCAGCCUGCUGGGUAAGACAGAGAACAGCCCAGAAACCAUCCAGAGAGUCAUCAACAACCUGCAACAGAUCAACAGUGGAGACUGCAAAAGGGAGAUGGAUUUCAUCACUACAAAGAUGGUCAGCGAUGAAGUGUCUCCUGACAGAAGAAUCAACAUUUUCCACUGUAUGAUGGAGAUGAAGGACCCCUCAGUUAAUCAGGAGAUCCACAAAUUCUUAAAAUCAACGAACAAAUUGGAGAAGGAGCUCUCAGAGAUGCAGUGUUUAGCUCUGGCCAACAUGUUGCAGAUGUCAGAUGAGGUUCUAGAUGAGCUGGACCUGGACCAAUACAGAACAUCAAAUGAGGGUCGAAGGAGACUGAUCCCAGCUGUGAACAACUGUAGAAAGUUUAGGCUGAGAAACUGUGGACUCUCUGAGGCUGACUGUAAGACCGUGGCCUUAGCUCUUCUAUCCGACCCGUCCCACUUGAGAGAACUGGACCUGAGUGGGAAUCAGCUUCAGGAUUCAGCAAUGAUGUUUCUGUGUGCAGGAAUGGAGAAUCCAAACUGCAGACUAGAAAGUCUAAAGCUGAGGAUCUGUGGUUUGUCGGAAGACAGCUGUGGUCUUCUGGGCUUUGCUCUGAUGUCCAACCCGUCCCACCUGAGAAAACUGGACCUUCGAAGUGCGGACCUUCAGAUUUCAGCAGUGAAGCAUUUGUGUGCUUUUCUGGAGAAUUCACAGUGCAGGGUGAAAACUCUGAGGUCAGCUCCAUCUUUAACUUGUGCUGUGAUGAAAAUGUUGGUGAACUGCAGUGUCUCAGUCAUCAGCUGUGCUGCUCUGGUCUCAGCUCUGAUGUCCAACCCGUCCCAUCUGACGGAGCUCGACUUGAGCUGCAACUUCAUAAAGGAUUCAGGACUGGAACAUCUGUGUGCCUUUCUGGAGACUUCACAUUGCAUUCUGGAGAUUCUGAGGUUGGAGCGUUGCAGGCUGUCAGUCAUCAGCUGUGUUGCUCUGGCCUCAGCUCUGAAGUCCAACCCGUCCCAUCUGAAAGAACUGGACCUGAGAGGGAACAAGCUCCAAGAUUCUGAUGUUCAGCAGCUUCAUGAUCUCGUGAAGAAUCCAAACUUCAAACUGGAGACUCUCAGGUUGAAGUGAUCAAGAUAUUUUUCUGGGAGUUUGCUAUCUGUUCUGAUGAUCAGAAGGAUGAAGCAGAGUGAGGAACGUAUCUCUGAUGACUAUUACAGCUGCAGAUAAAUGUCAUGAAAAAAAGAUUCUCCCUCUG